GGGCGGAAAGGAGUGCGUGAUGAAGGAUGAGCAGUUGUUGAGCUCUGUUCAAGUUAGUGGUCAAGCUGAGUGUGAGGCAAGGUCUGACCGAUUUCUGUAAGAGAAUUAAAUCUGCGAUUUUCAUCAGUAUUAGAAGCUAGAGAUAUUCAAGCAUCACUUGAAUCAAGAGUGGGUCGUCCGCUGUGAGGUAUCCCAUCCAUGGGGACAUUUCGAAGAAAUUAGUGUUGGCGUUAAGUUGGCCAUGGGUUGUGCAGAAUGUGAUUGGCCUCAUUAAAGCCGGUUCAGUACAUGCAAAAAAUUAAAAAUAUUUCAUUGAGACUCAUUUAGCAAGACUUUUCCGUUGGACUACAUCCCUCUUGUCUGAAUAGGAUUAAGCUCUGCAGCUUUUCUGUACCAGAAGGAAGUGAGCGAAGGCUUAUCUAUUAGGAAACUAACUGUUGUUCAUUGAGACAUCUGAGAGAUAUAUUGAGACAGUCAGUCAUUGUUUUUUCACGGGCCUUAUCCAUUUAUGAAUCAAAACACCACUGAUUAUCCGAAGGUUGUUGAUUGAACUUAAUCCCAUUUACUCGAUUGAGCUCAAUUACCAACUGAUCGUCAUCCUGUCUGUUUCAAUUCAUGUCAUCUAAUGUGAAAACUCGUCGAGACAAGUGAAGCUUGCUUUUGGAUGUCUUUGCUCAUUGAGGCUUUUUCCAUCCAACUGGAAAUCAAGAGCUGCCUGUUUAAAGUUAGAUGCAUUUGACAAGUUAAUAUAAAGGAAUUACAUAUUCAAAUUUGAAUUCUGAAAAAGUAUGUGAAUUUCAGUGGAAGGAUGUUUGGUCUGUGACUCUACUGGCUUUAAAAAUGCAAGAUGCCAACCUGUCUGGAGAUGCUCUUUCAAAAGUGAUUAUGGUGGGAGACUCCAAUGUAGGUAAAACUGCCAUAUUAAAGAGAUUAACUGAGGACAAUUUCCAUGCUUCAUUCAUACCCACAAUAGGGAUCGAUUUCAGAGUAAAAACUAUCAAGAUAAAUGCGAACAACACAAUUAAGCUGCAAAUAUGGGACACAGCUGGCCAAGAACGAUUCCAUGCUCUGACAACUCAUUAUUUUCGAGGAUCUAGUGGCCUUAUGCUUGUCUAUGAUAUUACAAAUUUAAAAACGUUCACUAAUAUUGCCUAUUGGAUUAAAGACACUGAUGAGCAUGCAGGAAAUGAUGCUGGACGAAUAUUGAUUGGUAAUAAAUGUGACAUGCUAGCAGCACGUCAGGUUUCAUGGGAAGAUGGAAAAAGGCUCGCUCAGGAACAUGGAAUGCAAUUCUUUGAGACCAGUGCAAAAGAAGACAUGAACAUUGAGAAAGCAUUUGUGGCCCUAGGAGAAGAAAUAAUAAGAAAGGUGUGA